AUGGCGCCUAUAGCGGAUGAUGCGAAGCGGAUAGAAGAGGCGCACGAGCUGGCGAAGAAGGCGCCCGCAAAGGCUGAGGCUAUCUACCAGGAUAUACUGUCGAAAGAUCCAGGAACAACCGAUGCCGCGCUGAAGAAUUAUGAGGCGGCACUGGUCGGCCUGGGAGAGCUCUAUCGAAACCAGAAGAAGGUCGACGAUCUGGCGGAGCUUGUUCUCAAGACGAGAUCAGUCCUGUCCUCUUUUGCCAAAGCGAAGACCGCCAAGCUAGUGCGGCAAAUGCUCGAUCUCUUCAACACCCUCCCAAAUACCACCGAUAUCCAGAUCUCUGUCACAAAGUCAUGCAUAGAAUGGGCGGUCUCGGAACGGCGAGGUUUCCUGCGCCAGAACCUAGAGACUCGUCUUGUGUCGUUGUACAUGCAAAAACAGUCAUAUUACGAGGCUCUUACGCUGAUCAACAGUCUCCUCAAGGAACUGAAGCGGUUAGAUGACAAACUCGUGCUCGUGGAAGUCCAACUGCUCGAGUCUAAGGUAUACCACGCCCUAGGGAAUGUUCCCAAAGGACGAGCCGCUCUUACCUCGGCGCGAACGUCAGCUGCAUCCGUCUAUACACCUCCGCUACUGCAAGCCGGGCUUGACAUGCAGAGCGGUAUGUUGCACGCCGAGGACCAGGACUUCAACACUGCUUUCUCAUACUUCAUCGAGGCUAUGGAGGGCUACCAUUCGCAGGACGAGCCUAAGAAGGCGACCUCCGCUCUGCAGUAUAUGCUGCUGUGCAAGAUCAUGCUCAAUCUCGGCGACGACGUUACAUCUCUGAUGACCUCGAAGCAAGCGAUCAAGUACGCUGGCAAGAAUUUAGAUGCCAUGAAGGCGGUUGCGAGGGCACAUACCAACCGCAGCCUAGAGGAGUACGAGACGGCACUUACCGACUACCGAUUCGAGCUUGGUGGCGACAGGUUCAUCUCAAACCAUUUGAGGCGCUUAUACGACGCCAUGCUGGAGCAGAACCUCAUCAAAGUCAUCGAGCCCUUCAGCAGAGUGGAAAUAGACCACGUUGCCAAGAUGGUGGGGCUAGACACGACACAGGUGGAGCGCAAGCUUUCUCAAAUGAUCUUGGACAAGGUCAUCAUCGGUGUGUUGGACCAGGGUGCGGGCUGUCUUAUUGUUUACGACGAGGCGGAGCGGGAUCAGGGCUACGACGCGGCCCUGGACACAAUCGAGAAGUUGAGCAACGUCGUGGAUGUACUCUACACCAACCAGGCCUCGCUGCUGGAGUGA